AUGAAUCUAAACAGUGCCUAGCCAGAAAUGAGAUGUGUAAUAUGCUUAAACUUGAUGUCUAAUUAAGUAUUUAUGGAUUAAUGCAAUCAUUCAUUCUGUUUUGAAUGUAUUCGAAAGUGGUCUGAAAAAAGUCACUAAUGUCCACAAUGCAGAACAAAGUACACAAGUUUUCAUGAAAAAAAUGUUGACUCAAAAAUGAUGUAAAUUCUAUUUAAUCAUAAUAGCAUUAAGAGAUUUGAAGCAUCAGCAAUAGUCAAUAAUUAAGAAGAUAAACGUCUCAUGGCUUUGGCUGAUUUGGAUAAUACUUACUAUGAUUUGAUUUUACAACAAAUUGAUUCUAUAUGA